AAAAAGAUAUAAAAAAGCUUCGAAAAAAGGAGAAAAAAAAUAAUGGCGGUCUUCUACUGAGUGAUUAGAUGGAAGAAGAGACGGACAGUGAGCCACUGAGAAGAGCUCUCUGCAUCUCCUCCCCAUCUCGCCAAUUUUUUCCCUCCGUGCGGUCAGGUUUUUGGGCAGUUUAAGAGUGAUCGGCGACGCCUUUUGCGGGAUUGCCUUGGAAAAUGCUCGUGUUUGGGGUUUUGGGAAGGGGAUCUGGAGCUUACGACACCCGAAACGGGGUUUUUUGGACAAGAGAGCUCGUUGAUUAGGUUUUGCAAGUUCCAGAAUCUGAUAUUUGAGAUAGCGGCUGCUUUAUGGAGUUCGGAAUGGGGAUUUGGAGCGACGGGAGGAGGAAAGGUGGGAUCUUUUGAAGGUUGGAACUCGCUUUUAGUACUCACCGAAGGAUCUUUUGCGGUUUCCAGUGGCAGCAGAAGUUCCCGAGGAGAGAUCUGUAGUGCUUUAUUUUCUCCUUGCUAGUUUUGUUCGAGUGAGUCGGUUUUCGUGCAACCUUUAGCUAAUUUGUGUGAGGUUCAAGUUCUAAAGAUUGAUUCCUACUGUGGAGCUUUGUAGCUUGAUUUGUUUUGCCGAAUUGCAUAAUUGAAAGCUUGGACAUUGGGAAUAGACACUUGCCUCAGUGGGAGCAAUAUCUCACAGUAUUACUUAGUUGGUUCUAAGUUGAAACUUUGUGGAUUUUUGAGGUGUGAGGACGCUUUUGAAGUUUGCAAGCUACAGAACCUGAUGAGUGUUGAAGCGAGUAUCUCGUGGUUUGCAGUGAAACUGGCUUUGCUGUAUACCAGUGGAGUUUAGUGUAACCUAGUGGAUCUUCAGUACUAUUUCCUUUUUGAGCCCCCGGCUUUUUUCCCCGUUGGUAGAGGAUUUGAUGCCACUCUUUCUACUGAACAAACUUGCCGCACGGAAGCAAAGUUAAUCAUAUAUGCAGCGUUGCAGUUGUUUGUGCAACAUAGGGUGCGAUUGAACUUCCAGGAUUGUUUCAUCUUGAAUUCAGUCUGUCCAAAAAUUCAGGAUGAGGCUUACACCCGAUGGGCUUCCUCAGCCAACGCAAGAAGGCGAGCACAAGAAUCUGAAUUCAGAGUUGUGGCAUGCUUGUGCUGGACCCCUGGUUUGCUUACCUGCUAUUGGAAGUCGUGUGGUGUAUUUUCCCCAGGGACAUAGCGAGCAGGUUUCUGCUUCUACUAAUAAGGAAAUUGAUGCUCAUAUCCCAAAUUACCCAAACUUACCUCCUCAACUGAUCUGUCAGCUUCAUAAUGUGACAAUGCAUGCAGAUGCUGAGACUGAUGAAGUAUAUGCCCAGAUGACACUACAACCAUUAGGCGCUGAAGAACAAAAGUAUCCUUAUCUUCCUGCUGAACUGGGUACUCCAAGCAAACAGCCAACCAACUACUUCUGCAAAACAUUAACUGCAAGUGACACCAGCACUCAUGGUGGUUUCUCUGUACCUCGGCGGGCAGCCGAAAAAGUCUUUCCACCAUUGGAUUAUUCCCUGCAGCCUCCUGUGCAAGAGUUGAUUGCAAAGGACCUUCAUGACAAUGAAUGGAAGUUCCGUCACAUAUUUCGUGAGCACUGUUGUGCAGGUCAACCCAAGAGGCACCUUCUAACAACUGGAUGGAGUGUGUUUGUAAGUGCCAAAAGACUAGUUGCUGGAGAUUCAGUACUCUUUAUCUGGAAUGAGAACAACCAGUUGCUCAUUGGUAUUCGGCGUGCUAAUCGACCACAAACAGUCAUGCCAUCGUCUGUAUUAUCAAGUGACAGCAUGCAUAUUGGUCUUCUUGCUGCAGCAGCUCAUGCUGCUGCAACAAACAGUCGCUUUACCAUAUUCUACAACCCUAGGGCAAGCCCUUCAGAGUUUGUCAUCCCUCUAGAUAAGUAUGUCAAAGCAGUAUAUCACACCCGUGUUUCCAUCGGCAUGCGUUUUAGAAUGCUAUUUGAAACUGAGGAGUCUAGUGUGCGCAGAUAUAUGGGCACUGUCACAGGGAUAAGUGAUCUAGAUCCUGUCCGAUGGCCAAAUUCAUAUUGGCGCUCUGUGAAGGUUGGCUGGGAUGAGUCAACUUCUGGAGAGAGGCAGCCAAGAGUCUCUCUUUGGGAGAUCGAGCCUUUAACAACGUUUCCAAUGUAUCCAUCUUCCUUUCCACUUAGGCUCAAGCGCCCUUGGCCUUCUGACUUGCCCUCACUACAUGGUGGGAGAGAUGAUCUUAUGUGGCUUCGAGAUGGAGACAGAGGAAUCCAGUCUUUGAAUUUCCAGGGAUUCUGUAAUGGGAUGGCCGCUUGGAUGCAUCCAAGAUUUAAUCCAUCCAUGCUCGGUGUACAGCCUGAUAUGUACCAGGCUAUGGCUUCAGCAGCACUACAGGAGAUGAGGGCAGCUGAUUAUUCCAAACAGGCAACGUCAGCAGUUUUGCCAUUUCAGCAGGCCCAAAACUUAUCUGGCGCAUCAGGUCCUCCUUUAGCAAGUCAUAUUUUGCAGCAAAUUCAAUCUCAAUCUCAACCUCAACAAGCCCUCCAUAAUUAUCAAGAAACCCAUAGAAUCCAUUCUCCGUAUCAGCUUAUCCAGCACCAGUCACAACAUGGAAGCUCAUUCAAUGACGAUGAACAUGGGCAGAUAUCAGCACUGCAGCAGCAGGAGCAGAAACCUCAAGUACAACAGAUACAAAAGCUGCAGUCGCCUAACCUCCAAAUUUCUAAUGUAAUGCCAACAGUUCCCCAGUUCACCAAUUAUCAGCCUCAGACUUCACCCAUGCAAACAAUGGCAUCGUUUUGCCAGCAGCAGAGCUUACCUGACAGCAAUAUUAACAGUUUAUCGGGAUCCAGUAUCUCCCCUCUGCAGGGUGUUAUGGAUCCAUUUACUCCUGAAGAAUCAUCAAGCCUUCUUAGUUUGCGGAAAACAAACCCGGUACUUGAUACAGGUGCAUGGUCGUCCAAGCGACAUGCAGUUGAAUCUGUUCCUUCUGCAAUACAAUCUGUGCAAUCACAACCAAAACAGUUGAGUCAACAAAUCAGUCUCUCUCAGCAUGUCGUUACUUUACCACCAUUUCCAGAAAGAGAUUGCUCUCUCAUCCAGGAAAGUGGAGGUAAUUCCAGAAUGAAUAUAGAAACAUCAUCACUGUUAGUUCAAAAUGGCAUGGCAAACGACACUGUUUCAGCAUUGAUGCCAUUUCUGAGCAGCGCUGGAACUGAUUUUGCAUUGCAUCAAGCACUGACUGGUUCGACUUGUGUGGAGGAUUCAGAACUCUUUCAGACUCCUAGUAAUGUGGGAAGUGUCAACCCACAAAAUGGAACCUUUGUCAAGGUUUACAAAUCAGGGUCCUUCGGAAGGUCAUUGGACAUUACCAAAUUUAACAGUUACCUCGAGUUGCGCAUGGAGCUCGGGCGUCUAUUUGGCCUAGAAGGUCUAUUGGAGGACCCCCUAAGAUCAGGCUGGCAGCUUGUAUUCGUCGACCGGGAAAAUGAUGUUCUUCUCGUAGGCGAUGACCCAUGGCUAGAGUUCGUGAACAGCGUAUCAUGCAUAAAGAUCCUAUCGCCGCAAGAAGUGCAGCAGAUGGGCAAAGAUGGUGUUGAUCUCUUAAAUGGAGCUCCUAACAGGAGAAUCCAAUCCCGCACAUCCGGCGAUUAUCUAAGCAAUGGCAUGGCUCCAUCAGUGGGUUCACUAGAUUAUUGAGAAGAAUUUGAACGGUCGAAGUUGAACGUUGGGAUCUAGUUUCGACUUUUGUUUGACACUAUUCAUCUGAAUUUAGCAUGAUGUAUGUAGUAUGUACCUCGUUGCGAUAUCGUUUACGAACGAACCUUUAGAACCUUUUGGUUGAAUUUUUGCACCGCUACUGCUAGCUUGAACCAAGAUGUUAUUUUGAUGUGCAACUCGUGACCUCGACUAUACGAUAUCAUCACGAGAAUAAUGCACAUGAACAACGCAAGUAUCGCAAGAAGUUAUAUUGUAUAAAUAAUUUUUCACACA